CAUUCUAUACUCACAUUUGUGUACAUACAUACAGCCUCACAAAUAGCAGGGGUUGAUAUCUACUUUUAGACAAUGUUUGUUUUCAAGGAUUGUUUCCUAUUCUAUUUUCUUCCCUCUUUAUUCUCUUCAUAUUUAUAGACUUCUUUCUAAUCUCAUUGCCUUUGCUAAUGCUACAAUGGAUAUCCCAGUUCGGCGACUUCAGAGUACCUCCAGAUCAGCCUCGAUACUUACGGAUAUCCCUACCAUUGAAAUCGAUGAUCGGUGCGACUCCCCGUCUGAUGUCUCCAGCUAGGAAUUCUCUCUCGAUGAACACGGGUAAUGCAGACAGUCGGCGUCAUAUUCUUGAUUUAAAAAUAAGCUCAGUGAUCGUACAGUUCACAAUGGUCGUGCGCGACCAGCAGUGAUCUCCGUUCGCGACCUUCGCUCAAAUAUCUCCGUCACGAAUUCACCAUAAUGAGCUUCCCCUCCUUCAAGAGACCAAUUCCUUCCAUGGAUCUGACUAAUUCAGCCCGGUCGACGAACAUAGACUGCCCUACGAUCUCGUCGCUCCGUACGAGGGCGAUGCCGCCGCGCUACAUAGUCUCGAACGCCAGGCCGAUCUAAUAUUCUCUUCCAAGCAAGGCCUUACGAUAUGAUUGAGAAACUGGUGCUCGAGAAGUGUGUUGAGGAGGCCUCAAUUGUGCUCACCGCGGAUAAAAUACUCGCCUUUAUCACCCCAAUUUGCAUCAACGUGACGAGUAAAAGGUGGUUGAAGAGCGCAUACGAGGAAACCUCCCCGAUGGGCUCAAAGGGACAGUGGGUGGAUGCACUGGCGGAAGUGUUCUGCUUAAGUGACCCAUCGUACCCUGAUAACUCCAUUAUAUUUGCUUCGGAGCGUUGAUCUUUUUCUCCAUCCCCCUGGAGGCCGUACUGACGUAGCUACAAUAUCACCGAACAACGCAAUAUGGCAUGGACUAUAUUCCGGGCGAAAUUGUCACUUUUUGCAAAGGUCAAAAGCCAAUUCUAAUACCAUGCGCCGAACCUGCGAGGCAAUCAAAGCCGAGCGAUAUCACUCAGAGCUCCUUUUCUACCAGUUCAUCUCCCGAUCUAUCUCAAAGCCCCAUAGAAAGCUCACCAAGAUCUAUGGUCGUCGAGAUGGC